AUGAGUAAAGUAUGCAGAUUCGCGUUAUUCAAGCAGGAAAAGUGCUCUGAUGAUCAACUACCGCCAACGUGCGACAGUUUGCGGCAACACAUACGCCGUGCAAACUAUCAAGCAGCUAUUUGGCUCCAAUCACUUGACGCAGAAAUGGCUAUUCCUCCAAUUGAUGAAAAUGGGUGGAGUUUAUAUGAUGGGGAGUUACAUAUCGUGUGGAUGACCACUCCUCCUGCGCCAGAUUCGCUGCUUGAGUGCAUCAACUGUGGUUGCAAGACUGGUUGCAAAACCCAACGUUGUUCAUGCAUGAAUGUUGCGUUACAAUGUACAGAUGUAUGCACUUGUGUGGGCUGCACCAAUGGAAAAGAUAGUGACGAACUGUCAGAG